AUGUGGUUGUUUGUCCUUGCGACAGUCUUAGUCCUCACGGACGGGUGUUUCGGUGCUUCCAACUCAUCCAACUCCACGAACUCCACCAAUAUCGACCCGAUCACGAAUUUCUGCCAACGGUUAUGGCAUCAAUCUGUUGUGAAAGAUGAUGUCCUCUAUAUCGAUGGUGGCCUUGAGGUCUUCAUCCCGUACAACGACCAUGGGAGUCCCAAACAAGGCGACCCCAUAGUCGGAACCAAUACCUACAUGGUGAUGGUUGGUCUGAAUUCGUCCUGGAACUGGGAAACAAAUAUCUCCAUAACUGCAGUCAACAAAACAGCCAACCCAAACACCGGAACCCUACCCCCAUCAAACGUCCGCGGCGCAAUGUACGCCGGUACAAAUGAAGACUCCGACGUUUACUCGUACGGAGGGACCUCCUCCUACGUCAACCGAAGCUUCCCAGGUUUUCUGUUCCCAACGGCGCCAACAUACACCCUCUGGUCAUUCGAAGCACAAGAGAAGGCCUGGGCUCAAUAUGAUAUAUCGCUCGACGUGCCAUUACGACCAGCUGGAGGCGCAUAUGCAGAAGCGACAGGCCGUGGAAUGGGAUUUUAUUUGAACGGGUUCAUUGAUAAUGGCUCCAAUCCCGAUUACCAGUUUUACACCGAUUUCCGAAGAUACCUGGAUGGUCUCGUGGUGCUCAACACCACGACGCAAGAAGCGAAGAACCUUUCCACCUCGUCUUUAGACAAUUACCCCCGCGCCAUGGGCGGGCUGGUAUAUCUGCCAAACAUCGGCACCGAGGGAAUCUUGGUUUCGAUGGGCGGAGUGACAAAACCAACAAGCAACGAUGCCUUGUCAGAUAUGGGGACAUAUGUCCCCUUCGACAGUGUUGAUUUCCUCGACGUAGCAUCUAUUGACAACGGCAACUCGGACGGAAAUUGGUACUCACAGAACACAACAGGCGACAUACCCGCACCACGAACAGACUUCUGCCUCGUGACAGUAUCAGCGCCCGACAACUCGAGUCACAGCAUCUACCUCUACGGCGGGAAAGGCGAGGAAGCCGUCUACGACCAGACAUACGUUUUAUCGAUCCCGUCAUUCAUAUGGAUCAAGUUAAUGGAGGGGGCUUCACCUCGCUACGCACACUCCUGCCACGUUGUUGGAAAAUCCCAGAUGUUGACCGUUGGCGGAGCCCGAUAUGAGAACAUUACCCAUGGCUGUGACUGGGAAUAUAGGAGUGUUGCGAUAUUGAAUUUGAAGAAUUCCCAAUGGGGCAAUGUCUUCGAUUACAAUGCCGGCGAGUACGAACUGCCAGCGAAAAUUGUUCAUGUUAUUGGUGGAAGCAACGAAGAAGUGGAAACAUACUUCAACAACCCCAGCGCCCUUUCACCAGCCCCAAAGCCCCACCUAACGGGCCCGAAAAUCAUCGGGAUCGCAAUCGGCUCAAUAGCCGGCGCCGUCAUGCUCCUCGGCGGCGGCGCAUACUACUACUUCUACAACCGCCGCAGACGCAAACAAAUAGCGAAAGACAGCGACCAAGAACAAGACAUGCGCGAAGCUCCGGGCCAACAUAAUGGUAUUUACGAAGCGCCGCCGGACUCGAUGACGGCUCGCUUUGCUAGGGCGAUCUUUCGGAAUCGUGGGAAAAGGGCGGAACUUGAGCCGCAGCCGCCUGUUGUUCAUGAGAUGGAUGCGGAUCCUCAGGUUUUUGAACUUCCUGGUAGGAAUUCUAGGGUAGAGAGGGGGAAGGGUGAAGAUGGGGAUAAGAAGGAUUAG